AUGAGUUCCGUUGCUAAAGAUACUAUUAGUGUUGCUGAAAGAAGUCUUCACAAGGAAAACUUAACUGAAGGUGGUAACCUGGCCUUCCACAAUCAUUUGAAUGAUUUUGCCCACAUUGAAGAUCCUUUGGAAAGAAGGAGAUUGGCUUUGGAAUCCAUUGAUAACGAGGCUUUCGGGUGGCAACAAAUCAAGACCAUCUCCAUUGCUGGUGUUGGUUUCUUGACAGAUUCGUACGAUAUCUUUGCCAUUAACUUGGGUAUCUCGAUGAUGUCCUAUGUUUACUGGCACGGUGAUAUGCCCUCCUCCAGUCAGACCUUGUUGAAGGUUUCCACUUCUGUUGGGACUGUCAUUGGUCAAGUCGGGUUCGGUACUUUGGCCGAUAUUGUUGGUCGUAAGAAGAUUUAUGGUUUGGAACUUAUUAUCAUGAUCGUCUGCACCAUUUUGCAAACCACUGUCGCUCACUCUCCUGCUAUCAAUUUUGUUGCCGUCUUGACAUUCUACCGUAUCAUCAUGGGUAUCGGUAUCGGUGGUGACUACCCUCUUUCUUCGAUUAUUACUUCUGAAUUUUCUACUACCAAAUGGAGAGGUGCCAUCAUGGGUGCUGUCUUCGCCAACCAAGCCUGGGGUCAAAUCUCCGGUGGUAUCAUCGCCCUUAUUUUGGUUGCCGCUUACAAGAAUGACUUAAACUAUGCUGAUUCCGGUGCUGAAUGUGACUACAGAUGUCAAAAAGCCUGUGACCAAAUGUGGAGAAUCCUUAUUGGGUUGGGUACUGUGCCCGGUCUACUUUGUUUGUACUUCAGAUUGACCAUUCCAGAAUCCCCAAGAUAUCAAUUAGACGUCAAUGCUGAAUUGUUGCGUAACGAAAAGAAGGAACUAGAUGCUGAAAAGAAGGUCCACGACACCAGCGAUGACGACAUUGCUAUUCAUGGUUUGGAAAGAGCUCCUACCGCUGUCGAAUCCCUUGACAUGCAUCCUCCAAAGGCCUCAUUCAGAGAUUUCUGCAAGCAUUUCGGUCAAUGGAAAUAUGGUAAGAUUUUAUUGGGUACUGCUGGUUCAUGGUUCAUGUUGGAUGUUGCGUUCUACGGUUUGAGUUUGAACAGUGCCAUUAUCCUGCAAACUAUCGGUUAUGCUGGUUCUAAAAACGUUUACAAGAAAUUGUACGACUCCGCUGUUGGUAAUUUGAUUUUGAUCUGUGCUGGUUCCUUGCCAGGUUACUGGAUGAGUGUUUUCACUGUCGACAUUAUUGGUAGAAAACCAAUUCAAUUGGCCGGUUUCAUCAUUUUGACUAUUUUGUUCUGUGUCAUUGGGUUUGCAUACCAUAAGAUUGGUGACCAUGGUCUUUUGGCUCUUUACGUCAUCUGUCAAUUCUUCCAAAAUUUCGGUCCAAACACUACUACCUUUAUCGUUCCUGGUGAGUGUUUCCCUACUCGUUACAGAUCUACUGCUCAUGGUAUUUCUGCUGCAUCCGGUAAAAUUGGUGYCAUCAUUGCACAAACUGCUUUGGGUACUUUGAUCAACCACAACUGUGCUAAGGAUGGUAAGGCCACUAACUGUUGGUUGCCUCAUGUCAUGGAGAUCUUUGCCUUGUUUAUGUUGUUGGGUAUUUUCACCACUUUGUUGAUUCCAGAAACCAAGAGAAAGACGCUGGAAGAAAUUAACGAACAAUACCACGAUGAAGUUGAUCCUGGUACUCUUAACUACAGGAACAAAAUGAAUGAUGUCGAAUCUUCCUCGCCAUCUCAAAUCCAACAUUGA